AUGCUGCCGCUGCAGCUGCUGGGAUGGGCCGCGUGCCUCGCCGGCGCGGCCUACGUCGCCGUGGUGUGCCAGCUGGCCUGCGUGGUGUCCCUGCUCGAGGACGCCGUGCUCUUCCGCGCCCUGCGCAAGAGUCGCGCGCUCCUCGCCGGCAAGUUCUGGGCGGCAGCCGGCGUCUUCGUCACGCUCGACGGUUGCAUCUUCGCCCUGCUCGUGGCUUUCCCGGUUCUGGUCGUGGACGAUUCGCUGGGCCUCGGCCUCGGGUUCCAGCUGGCCGCCGGGGUGGCGAUGGCGGUGGCUCUGUGCGCGGUGGUGCUCUUGACGCUGGUGGCGCAGCCGGUGUGCAAGAACCACCACCACGAGGUCAUCGACAAGGUCCACCUCGACUGA